CAACAAAAGCGACACAUGGCAACGACCUCAAUUAAAGAAACAUGACCACUUAUCGACGUCUUAUCAUUGUGCCAUUCAUUGAGAUCUUUUUAAAUAAAAUCUCUUUGAGUUGCCAUUAUAGUGGCUGUUGAUAUGUAGACCACAUAUAAAGAUGUUUACUUUUCAGUUGAAGGGAAAUAAACCAACAUGGCCACUAGUGUUAUGGGGUUCACCCCAGACAAUCCGAUUAUUCAGUUUACUGCUAGGCCAGCCCUCAGGACUAGAGAGUCUGUUGUUAGUGUGCCUCACUCAUUAAUACGCUCAGGCCACUCAUCAUCAAUGGAAAGUAUUGGUCUACUUCCAAGACAGAAUGGUGAAAAUAGUCCCUUAAUAUCUCAUGCAAAUAUGUCUAGCAUUGAAAUAGAAUCUCUUGUAAGGGAAAAAGUCAGGAACAAAUAUGAUAAGCUAAAACAGGGUUUCAAACUGUAUGAUGUUGAUAACAAUGAAACUGUAACCAAAGGAGAAUUCCGCAGAGUUUUAGAAAUGUACUGCAUGCCUUUAACAGCUGAUCAAUUUGAUUCAAUUCUAGCUAAGAUUGGCACUUAUAAAGCAGGCACCACAGUAAACUAUAGUGACUUCCUUAACAAAUUUUCUGGGAUUGAAACAGCUGGUAAAAAUUGGUCAGCAAGGAUGGAUAUACAAGGUCCAAAAGAAGUAAAUAUGGACAUAUUGGAAAAACUUCUCAGGGAUAAAAUCAAUUCUAACCUGAGAUCAGUCAUCAAAGGGCUUCAAAUGUUUGACUUCAACAUGGAUGGGAAGAUACAGAGACAUGAGUUGAGAAGAGUUCUAGACACGCACUGUUUUAAAUUUACAGACCAGCAAUUUGAAAAAUUAUGGCUACGUUAUGAUUUUCAUCAUACUGGUCUUGUCAAUUAUCGUGAAUUUUUAGAAAGACUGGGCAUCAAUGUGAAACGAAGCAGCACAACUCCCCCAUCCAACACAGUGGCUGGAGUGCUAAAAUGGCCAACACUAAAUACGGGACAAGCCAAACAAAGAAAUGGAGUUGCUGGCCAAAGGAAAAACCAACAAAAAGAAGAUGAAAAGCUAUUGCAGUCAUUAACUUUUGAUCAAAUUGAAAUAGAGUUCCGCAAUAGGAUGCGCAAAAAUUACAUGCAGUUAAAAAAGGCUUUUAUGACAUUUGAUAAGCAUUUAGAUGGAUAUGUAUCAAUUGAGGACCUCAAAUCUAUCCUGCAUAAUUUUACACUACCUUUAAGUGAUCAACUGUUUAUUCAGCUUAUGGAAAGAUGUGGUGUUAGAGCUAGUGGAAGAGUAGCUUGGGAGCUCUUCUUAGAGAAAUUUCAGAAUCCAGUCAAUAUCGGCAAUGGACAGACUCUACCUAUACGAUCAAAUUACAGAAUUCAUCCAAUCAUGGAAACACAGAAAGUAGUUGACUGGGACACAAUUUGGACACAAUUAUACAAAAGAGUUCAGUCCCAUUAUAACAGCUUAAAGGAAGCCUUUCUUCAAAUAGACAAGAACAGAGAUGGUCGUGUAACUAAAAAAGAAUUUCGAGAGCUGAUAGAGAGAUUCACAUUUCGUCUGGAUGAUAAGCAGUUUAAAGAACUGAUGCUACACAUUGACCCUGAUCAGAGAAACAAUGUCGACUAUCAAACUUUCCUCAGGCUCUUUGAAGAGAAGGAAACUAAGGAGGGACACAAGUGGUUAAAGUCUGUCCAUAAAUAUAACAACAAACCGAAACCUGCAAUUAUGGCUUGGGAAGCUGUUGAAGAUUUACUUAGAGAGAAAAUAACAUUCUACUGGAAGGAUUUUUCAGACUGGCUUUCUUAUCAUGAUCGCAGUGGACAGGGCUACAUGUCUAAAAGCACUUUGAAAAAGAUCCUGGAUAUGCAAGUUUUACCUAUCUCUGAUGAGCACUUUGAAAAUCUAAUAAACAGAUGCAGUGACUUUAAAGAUGGGAAAGUGAACUACAUGGAAUUUCUGACUAGACUUGGUGUGGAUAUAUCCCCUGGAGAUGUGACUGGUGUCAGUGCACAAAUAACAGAUGGCAGCAAUUUGGCAGAGCUAAAGAGAAAUAUGGAUCAAAUAAACAGGAACAACAAGAUUGCAUGUUCUCAGUCCCAGAGGUCAAGCCUGAUGACAGCUGAUGAAGUUAUUGUAAGGUUCAAGGACAAGAUAGCACAAUGGUCACCAGAACUUAGGAAAGCCUUUGUAGCAUGUGAUCAAAAAAAUAAAGGCUACAUUACCAAAAAAGCAUUCAGAAAGGUUCUUGCAGAUCUUGGUAUUUUAAUGGCUGAUGAUCAAUUUGCCCAACUCAUGUCCAAAUUGAAUAUACACAAUGGCCACAUGCAAUAUAUAGACUUUAUUAUGAACUUUGGUGACCCUCGCCAUCCUGACGCAUCACCAGGAAUAACUCCGCAUGUCAGUAAUCAUAGAGUGAAUGCAAUACGAGGAGAUGAGCAUUCUAUGACUGUAGAAGAGGUAGAAAUAAAGUUGAGACAAAAGCUGAGAGAGAAUUUCACAAAUCUUAGAGAAGCUUUUUACAAGUUUGAUGACCUGAGUAAAGGCUGUCUUGAUAGAGCUAGUUUUAGAACAAUGUUAGAUUCAUUUAUGAUCUACACAAAUGAUGAUAUAUAUGAACAACUUUGUGACAAAUUAGGCAUUGCUAAAGGCACCAGAAUCAGCUAUUUAGAAUUUCUAGAAAGAUUUGAACUCAGAGAUUUACCAGAAGGACACAAAUGGUUGAAUUCUGUGAUCAGAUAUAAUGAAACCUUAACUCCAAGAGCAAUUUUAGCUCCUGAAGCCUACUCAAUGUUAACACAGAAAAUAUUCAGGCAGUGGAAGGAUUUAUCUCAGGCUUUUCGAGCAUUAGACUGCAAAAAUAAUGGAAUCAUUACAAAACAAGAGUUGAAAGAAAGUUUACAUAAAUUUCUUAUUCCUAUACACCCACAAGAAUUUAAGAAAUUGUGGACAAGAUUGGAUGCUGAAAAUAAAGGGUUUAUUUCACAUGAGGAUUUUUUGCAAAGGCUUGUAGGUUCAGAGUUUGCACCUGGUGAUAACCAAGGUCCCAGUGCUGACAUUAUCAAAGGUAACUAUCACUACAUGAAAGACCACAGCCGCAAACAACAAGAAAAACAUGAAGCCAUAACAUGGAACCAGGUUAAUCUGACCAAGACCAUGCCAGCCAUUAUGGUGGAGAGAGUUUUAAGGGAUAAGAUCAGAGAUAGCUACAAUGAUUGUUAUACAGCCUUCCAAAAAUAUGAUACACGAAAGUGUGGAUUCUUGUCUGCAAAUGAUAUACAAAAGGUUUUAAUGGAGCAAAACUUGUUCAUAAAUGAUGAUCAAUUCUUUGCUCUUUUGGACAGGAUUGGUUUAUCAACAUCUCAGAGUCAAAUAAACUAUGCAGACUUCCUGAAAGCGUUUGAGGAUGGACGCAAGUCUAGCUAUGGAACUCAACCACAGGACAUUAGGAUUGAAGAAUACAACAAAUUAAAUCCAGAGGAUGCUGAAAAGAAGUUCAAGCAAAAGUUACAGGCCAAUGCAGAGGAUGUUUUGAAGGCUCUGGCUGCUUUUGACAAGGAUGACAAUGGAAAGAUAACUCUUGAUGACCUGCGCAGAGUCUUAGACUUGUUCUGUUUUAUUAUGACGGAUGCUCAAUGGAAACACAUAAAAAAAGGUUUCAAUGUGAGCACAGACCAAAUGGUUGACUAUAAUGACUGGCUUUCAGGCAUUGUUCAUAUUGACAAUCAGUAUCUGCAGUCGUUGCAGAAUAUGUUCCCACUUCAAUACAACACUUUUAUGUUGAUGGAUGAAGUUGCUGAGAGAAUCCAUGAAGCUGUUGUGGCCCACUACCAUAACAUCUUGCGGGAUUUUGAGAAUGUUGACUUUGCCAAGAUAGGGUCUGUCACAGCGGAUGAUUUAAGAGAGAUUAUAGCUCGCCAUAUUUUGAGGUUGAAUGAUGAACAGUUUGAAAGAAUUUUGAAAAUUUCUCCUAUAAAUGAGUUUGGCAACGUAGACUACAAGCAGUUCAUGAAAAUAUUUUUUGAGGGGGUGCCUCCAGCAUCUUUGAUAAAUCCUGUUAUUUCUGGAAAUAACAGUACAGAACUGAAAUCACUGGAUCAAGUUAGACCAAUGACAUCCUUAUCUCAAAGGCCCUUUUCUCGGGCCAGCAGUCGACCAUUAUCUCGGUUGACAAGAAGUACUUCAAGAUGCAGUUCAAGGGCAAUGACUCCCAUGAUAAAUGCAGAAUCAGCAGAAGAGUUAGUCAAAGAGGCAGUAUAUCGCCACUGGAGAGCUUUACAGAAGAGCUGUAGAGAUAUAGAUUAUGACAAUACAGGAACAGUGACUAGCACACAGUUUGAAAAUAUACUCACUCAGUUGGGGGUUGUCUUAUCACCCAGUAACUUGAAGGAUUUGAUCACAAAAUAUGAUAUAAAUGAAAAUGGCAGAUUUGCAUAUAAUAACUUCAUUAGGCACUUUUUGCUGACAGUAAAAUCUUCAGAGUCUGGUCGUACAACUCGUAAAGAUAAAAAGGCCUCUGAAUUAACAAAUUGCCUCACUAUUCAAGAAGAAAAUGAAUCUGAUGUGAUGAGACGAAUUCAUGAGUGUGUUCAUUUCAAAUGGAAAGACAUGAGACGAGAAUUCAGAAACAUAGACCAGAAGUCAGAAGGAAAAGUUUCCACCGAAGAUUUCCGUAAAGUAUUAAGAUUAUUCAACAUCAACUUGUCAGAAUAUGAGUUCCAACAAUUACAAGAGCAAUAUGACAAAAACUUUACUGAUUUUAUCAGCUACAAUGAGUUCUUGAAAAAUUAUUUACAGUACCAGUAAUUCAAUGUCUCAAAAAUAUUUUUUUUUUAUUUCAAAGUUGAUUUGCAAAGUUCCUGUGAUAAACUUGUAAGUUUUAAAUCUAUUUACCUUGUUUUAAAUGUAAUGUAUUUACUUUAGAUGUCUCAAGAAAAAUAAUCUUGCAUAUUAUAUUCAUUAAAUAAAACAAUUUAUACCUUAUGCUUUUUAAAUCACAGACUGUCAGUAUUCUAUUAGCAUUGACAUAUCACUAAUGCUUACUUAUUUAUAAUUUUUAGCCACUGGUACAAUAUGUAAUUGUUCAAUUUAAAAUAAAUGCAUAUCUACUUGCAAUAUAGUCUCACAGAAUUCAUUCAAUAAGUAGUCUGUAACCUUUCAAAAAUAUUCACUAGACAGAAACCAGCAGCAAUGUGGUACCAGUACUGCUUAAACCAAACCACAUACUUUUUAGUUGCAUGCUGUAAGUUAUCUCCAAUCCCAACAUAGAUUUCUUAUUUAUAUUGUGGAUCUUUGACUGUGACACCCAAUAGACUAAAUGUCCAAGUAUACUUAUUGUUGAUGGACUUGUUCAGCACAAUACUAGGAAUGCUUGCCUUUAAUUUGUGCUUGAAUCAGACAACAGGAAUUUUUCAAGGUCUCUACAAAUAAAAAAAAAUUAAUAUCUUGCCCCACACAUUGAACUUUUGUUCUUUCCAGAUAAGAUCUGAAUUUUCUGGGCUGCACAGCUUCCUGGAUGGUUGUCACAGAACUCCCACAAUUAUUAGCAACACUAAUCAUGCCUACUGAUUUGCAACAACCCCCUUUAAAAUGGCUAUAAAUGUGACAAAUGGUUUCAACAGAGCCAACCCAUUCAUAAACCAUAUCCGAAUUUCUUUCACUGUUAUGGUUAAAGCAUUAUAAUUUAGAUGCACACUUAUUUAUUGUUUACUAAGAUGUAAAACAAACAAAAAACAGCUUGAAGUGCCAUAUAGUUGUUUGAUCUGAAUUUUUUUUUUAAAGAAAUAUUUUGUACAAGGUGAUCUUCAUUGACAACUUUUAUCAUUGUGCAAAUAAAAAUGAAGAACUGAUUA